AUGUCAAGAUAUCAAACCAUCGCAUCCAGAAUACCUCGCCUGAACCCCUUCUAUGCAAGACCCUUCCUGUCGAGCUCUACUACAACCACCCGGCAUCUAGGACGAGCACUCUACUCUACUCAGGGGUAUGGAGAUGGAAAAGGUGACCCGGCCGGUGAAAAUCCGACAGAGCAAGGCGUGAGCCAGCGGACUCGCGAGUUAGAACACCCAGGACCCGAGCAAUCGAAGAAAAAGUCUUCUUCAGACAGCAAGCGAGGUGCGCCCGAUACUUCAAAGAAAGGCUCAGAGCACACGUCAGAUAUCCCAGCUCGAUCGGCGAAGGAAGGACUUGAGAAUGAGAUUGCGAGAGGAAGGGGGCAAUAA